UUUUAAUAAUAAAACAUCAGUGCAAUAGUAUUCAAGUGUUUUAGGUAGAUCCUAGGAAGCAUAAUUUCUUUAAGUCUGAUAGAGUUGCCGUGACUAAUACAUGACAGAUUGCCAUUAGCUAUUAGGGAAAGUGUCCAGCAGACUUGUUGGACAACGCGUUCUGUUUUAAAAAGAUGUUCUGCAGCGGGGGACAGUCGCGUUUGUAAAGCCCGUAGAUUUGACUAGGCUACGGUCUGGCGCAGGGCUUUCUGUGACAUCUCUAACUAAACACCAUGUCCACUAACCAAGAGCAGGAAAAUAGCGGAACAAACUGUCUUCCAGACAACGUUUCAACUGACGGUUCACCACGAGACCGGCCGACCAGCAGUCGGGAGAAUCGAGGUCGCUGUCACUCCUUUUUGCGUCGUUUUAUAUCGGAGCUUUACUGCUAUCAUUUUUAGAGCGGACGUGGUAGAGAGGAGAAGACGGCGGCGAAAACUGUCCCCGCGGUGUCCUCUCUGCUUUAAUGGCUUCGAAGUUGAAUCCAAAUGUCCUUUACGUCCGAGAGUGCCAACCGUCGCAGGAGCCGGCUCAGGCCGAGGGGGGCGAGGAGUCCUCCGACAGCGACGGGGAGCCGGAGGAGACCUCGCACAAACUCAUCCGGAAAGUAUCCACCUCCGGCCAAAUCCGCGCCAAGAAGAGUGUGAAGGAGGGUGUCCUGUUGAAGCAAACCAGCUCCUUUCAGCGUUGGAAGAGGCGUUACUUCAAACUGAGGGGCAGGACUCUCUACUACGCCAAAGACUCCAAGUCUCUCAUAUUCGAUGAGGUGGACCUCUCAGAUGCCAGUGUGGCAGAGACCAGCACCAAGAAUGUCAACAACAGCUUCACAGUGAUUACUCCAUUCCGUAAACUGAUGCUUUGUGCGGAGAGCAGGAAGGAGAUGGAGGACUGGAUCAGCGCGCUAAAAUCGGUCCAGAAAUGGGAGAGCUAUGAGGCCAGCCAGUUUAACAUGGAGCACUUCUCUGGGAUGCAUAACUGGUACGCCUGCUCGCAUGCACGCCCCACCUUCUGUAACGUGUGCAGGGAGGCGCUGCCUGGAGUCACCUCCCAUGGCCUCUCCUGCGAAGUGUGUAAAUUCAAAGCUCAUAAGCGGUGUGCCGUUCGAUCAACUAACAACUGCAAGUGGACCACUCUGGCCUCCAUAGGAAAUGACAUCAUUGAGGAUGAAGAUGGGGUGUCUAUGCCGCACCAGUGGCUGGAAGGGAACCUGCCCGUCAGUGCAAAGUGUGUGGUGUGUGAUCGGGCGUGUGGUAGUGUCCGCAGGCUGCAGGACUGGCGCUGUCUCUGGUGUAAAGCCAUCGUUCACAGCAGCUGUAAGGAGCAGCUUGGGAAGAUUUGUCCGCUGGGUCAGUGUAAGGUGUCCAUCAUCCCUCCCACUGCUCUCAACAGCAUCGACUCGGAUGGCUUUUGGAAGGCCAUGAGUCCAUCCUGCUCUAGUCCCCUGCUGGUGCUGGUGAACAGUAAGAGUGGUGAUAACCAAGGCGUGAAGUUCCUGCGUAAGUUCAGACAGCUGCUGAACCCUGCGCAGGUCUUUGACCUCAUGAACGGAGGACCACAGCUAGGGCUACGGCUGUUCCAGAAGUUUGAGACGUUCCGUAUCCUGGUGUGUGGUGGUGAUGGCAGUGUUGGCUGGGUGCUGUCUGAACUGGACAAAAUGCAGCUGCACAAACAGUGCCAGCUGGGCGUGCUUCCCCUGGGAACGGGGAAUGACCUGGCGCGGGUGCUGGGCUGGGGAGGCCUGUGUGAUGAUGAUGCCCAACUGCUACAGAUCCUGGAGAAACUGGAGAGAGCCACCACCAAGAUGCUGGACAGAUGGAGUAUAAUGACAUAUGAAGUUCCCACCAAAAACACUCCCGUCAUCAUUAAGGAGGAAGAGCCUCUGGACUGCCCCCUUCAGAUCACCCACUAUGCUGACUCCGUCGCCAGCCACCUGACGAAAAUCCUGGAUUCCGACAAGCACAGUGAUGUCAUCUCCUCUGCUAAGUUCUUGUGUGGGACGGUGAAUGACUUCGUGGCCGAGGUCGGCAAGGCCUAUGAAAGAGCCACCGAGAACAAGGAGGAGGCAGAUGCCAUGGCUAAAAAGUGUGCCAUGCUGAACGAGAAGCUGGACUCGCUGGUGCGAGCACUGGGCGAGGAGGCCGACGCCCAGCUGGUGCCACCCGGCUCACAGCCGCCCGAGCAGGAGGGCGAGGCGGGAGGCCCGGACGCCCCGGGCGUGCCCCGCCCCUUCAGGUCCAGGGAGCAGCUGAUGCUGAGGGCCAACAGCCUGAAGAAAGCCCUGCGGCAGAUCAUAGAGCAGGCGGAGAAAGUGGUGGAUGAGCAAAACAGACACACCCAGGUACAGAGGAUGUCUUCAUCCUCGUCAAUCAAAAGAGGCAGCAGCGAGGACCUGAAGGAGGCAGAGUCACGUCUAAAUACAGUGAGUCUCACGUCCACGGCCCCCGCAGUGCUGGAGAAAACCGACAGCUGCAACAUCCUAGCGCCUUCUAGUGAUGAGUCUGUACAGUGCACGGAGAAGUGUGUGAUGAACAACUACUUCGGCAUCGGCCUGGACGCCAAGAUCUCUCUGGAGUUCAACAACAAGAGGGACGAGCACCCUAAGAAGUGCAGCAGCCGCACGAAGAACAUGAUGUGGUAUGGUGUGCUGGGGACCAAAGAGCUACUCCAGAAAACCUACAAGAACCUGGAGCAAAGAGUGCAGCUAGAGUGUGAUGGAGUGCCUAUAUCUCUACCCAGCCUGCAGGGUCUAGCUGUACUCAACAUCCCCAGCUACGCAGGUGGCAUCAACUUCUGGGGAGGCACCAAGGAGGAUAAUAAUUUUGGAGCGCCAUCAUUUGAUGACAAGAAGCUGGAAGUGGUGGCAGUGUUUGGGAGCAUGCAGAUGGCCAUGUCACGUGUUAUUAACAUACAACAUCACCGCAUCGCACAGUGCCGGCAGGUGAAGAUCACCAUUAAGGGUGAUGAGGGCGUCCCCGUGCAGGUGGAUGGAGAAGCCUGGGUUCAGCCGCCCGGCAUCGUCCAGAUCCUCCACAAGAACCGCGCCCAGAUGCUUACCAGAGACCGGAACUUUGAGAGCACACUGAAGCUGUGGGAGGAUAAGAGGAAGUACGAGAGCUGCCGCUCUGCUCGGCCUCGCCUCAACUCCCAGCAGUCCAUGGAGUACCUGACAGAGGAAGAGUGUGCACAGGUGCACCAGCUUGGCCUGGUGGCUGACUCACUCAUCAACCGGAUACGAGAGGUUGCUACGACCCAUAAGGUUGUGGAGCAGGAGUUGGCUCAUGCGGUGAAUGCCAGUGCUGCAGUAUUGUCUGAGGCCUUUCCUUCCAAACCCUCCAGCCCUGAGUGUCUGAGCCGCAGCACUGCCGUAGAGAUUGUCAACAGCAGUAAAGUGUUGCAGCUGGAGACUAAGAUGCUGUUAGAAGGAAGACUACUGCAGUUGGAAGCUCCUCAGGAGGAAGAGCUGCUGUCCACACUUAACUCUCUCAGUGCUGAAUUAAUCAAACUGGAGGACAUACACUGGAUCUGUCCCAGCAUGCAUUGCACUGAGGAGGACUCAUCCCGGGUGAGUGCUAAGAGCAGUAUGAAGCUGAAGAUCAUGCCCAAAGUGAAGAAGGAAAAGUUGCAUAAGCAGCGUUCUAACAGCUCUCUCUCAGGAUCUUGGGAUAUCAAAGGUGGGGCAUGUGAAACGGAUCCUGCAGGCAAUUGAGGAGCUGGACGGUUUGCUGUAGUGUCCACAUGUGACACCUCACCAUGGGAAGCUGUCUUUCACAGAGAAAGGGAUAUUUGGAGCUACACACACACACACACACACACACACUCACACUCACAACUCACACUCACACACUCACACUCACACUCACAC